AUGCACGUGAUUGCACACGAUCCAUAUGCUUCAGCUGAUCGUGCUCGUGCAAUUGGAGUUGACCUAGUGAGCAUGGAAGAGGCUAUGACAACUGCUGACUUUAUCUCGUUGCAUAUGCCCCUUACCCCUUCAACAAACAAGAUGCUCAAUGAUGAAGCCUUUGCGAAGAUGAAGAAGGGUGUUCGGAUUAUAAAUGUUGCACGUGGUGGUGUGAUUGAUGAAGAUGCUCUGGUCAGGGCUCUUGAUGCAGGAAUUGUUGCACAGGUGCUGUCAGAGCUUGCACCUUAUGUUGUGCUCGCCGAAAAGCUUGGGCGCCUAGCUGUCCAGCUAGUUGCUGGCGGUGGCGGUAUCAAGUCUGUGAAGGUGACCUAUGCAUCCGCAAGGGCUCCUGAUGAUCUUGACACGAGACUUCUCCGUGCGACGGCCAUCAUGGCGAUCGGCGUUGAUGAGGAGCCCAGCAAGGCCACGCUGACCAAGAUCGGGGAGAUCCCCGCGAUCGAGGAGUUUGUCUUCCUCAAGCUCUAG